AAGAAUUUGGAACCUCGAAGCGUGCGCUCACGAUGCGCAGCGCAUGAAACAGUGGCUCAUGCAAGAUCUCCAAGUACCCAAAGAGAACAUCGCGCUUCUCCUCAACCAAGAAGGCACCAAACGUCGUAUUGAAGAUACGUUUAUGAGCCAUCUUGUUAACAAUCCUGCCAUUGCAAAAGGCGACGCGUUGAUUGUAUAUUUUGCUGGCCAUGGAAGCACCUUGCGCGCACCACCAGACUGGUGCGAGGGCAAGCUUGGUAGCGUCCAGGUUUUGUGUCCGUACGACCAUGAUACGAAAGGACCAGAAGGACGUGUAGCAGGCAUAUCUGACCGCUCACUCUUCGCGAUGCUAGCAGAACUCAGCCUCAUCAAAGGUGAUAACAUCACUCUCAUCCUCGACUGCUGUUUCCCCAAGGCACAGCUUGGCUCAAGUGCUAGAGACCGCCGCUUCGUCCGCUAUACGCCCACCUUGAAGGCCACACCCGAAGACUUAUUCUUGGGCUUAUGGCGAGGCGCCGUCGGGCGGAGCUUUAGAGGAGAAUCCGGCUUCUUCCAGGACGACUGCCAGAGUCACGUCCUCCUUGCCGCCUGCCGGCCAGGCGAGAAAGCACUCGAAUGGAAGGAAGGAGGGAAAUUCACCUCAGAGCUUCUGACUGUGAAAGACGUACUCCCUUUCCAUCAGAUGAAAUAUUCUGAUUUAUCAGAGCACCUUGCAAAAGGCUUGACUCACAUUCAGCAGCACCCAGUCUGCGUUGGCAGACGCAAGGACCGAGUUUUCUUGAAUGGUGUCCCCUUCGUUGCUGAUGCCUCCCUUGUUCCCAUCAACGGCGAAAAGGACCGCCUUCGUCUGGAAAUGGGAGCCAUGCAUGGCGUUGUUGAGGGCACCGAAUUCAGCGUUCACGAGCACAAUCGCUUCGGUUCUAUCAAUCCGUCACUUGACAGCUUCCGCGUGUAUGAAGUUCACCCUACGUGGUCACUCGCCAGGCGCAAGAGUAUGAACAAACCUGGGGGUCGUGGUUCAUGGGCACGCAUUACUCGAUGGAAUAGCCGCACUCCUUUCCGAGUUUACGUCAAGAGGACGUGCUCUUCUAUUCUCAGGCGCCUCUUCAUUCGCAACAAGAAUUCGGAAGCAGAACUGGACGGCAUUCCUGUAAAGGAAGGGUUGAAUAUUGUGCAAGUCGAGACAUCUGCUAAGGCGGACAUGUCGGUCGGCGUUCACACCCGAGACGUACGGGUCCAAAAUCUUGAUCACCUCGUUCCUCCCACCGCCCACCCACUUAUACGCAUAGAGAAAGAUAGGUCCAGAUCUGGUGUCAUCCUCAGCGAAGCCGCACGCUUCCACAUGCACCUCCACCGAACCAAUCCCGCCAAACCGUUCCACGAAUCACUGGGCAUGGAAAUCUUCCGGGUCGACCCUCACACCCAGCGACGGGUUGGCCCAAACCUGUUGGUUGAUGGAACGGCUGCAAUAUCCCAUAGUGAGGGUGCACGCUAUGCUGUAGUCCUCCACAAUCACUCAGAUACAGAUCUCUGGCCAUAUUUGGCCUAUAUGGAUUCCAACGGAGUCGACAUCCAGCUACUUUACCACCCUCAGCCAUCGCACCCUACACCACCACUGCGGAAGCGCAGCUAUCUUGACAUAGGCUGCACGGGCAGUGGUAUCACUCCUUUGAAUUUCCCUUUCCCUGAUAACCAACACCAAGAAUCCGCUUUUUUAAAGCUCUUCGUCUCUACUUCGUACACCUCGAUGGGUUUAUUAGAGCAGAGCUCUUCGGCGUAUAGCCGUCCACCCACACCUGUCCCGCCCCCUACUCCCAUAGUGGAAUCGAAAGAUCAACCACAAAACUGGGACACUGCGCUCGUCUGCGUCAUCAUGAGAAGGACAAGGGUAAGGGCGAAGAGCUAAGUAUGAAUCAUAACUCCUUUUGUCCUACAUCACGAAUUGAAAGGUUAUCGGAGCGGGCUUCAAGUUGGCAUGCAGUAUUUAGGUCGUUUAUUAAUUUUUAUAGUGCUACAAACAGGCUAUCUAUGGCUUUAUAUAUCGUAAUAAGUAGUAGUGGAUACGGAAUUUUUGAAGGAA